AAUUAAAUAUACGUGUUCCAGCAUUGAUCUAUAAUCCUGUUAAGCGUCCACAAAACUCUUUUUUAUUAUACAGAAAUGAAAUAAAAGAUGAAAUAAUUAAAGAUAAUCCAAAUAUAGACACUCGUCAAAUUUCAAAAAUCGCAGGAAACAAAUGGAAAAAACUAUCAGAAUAUGAAAAAUCACGAUAUAAGCUACAGUCCAAAAGACUAAGAAUGCAAUUCAAAUCCAAAAACUUAAAAUGCAAAUAUAAAACAAGAAAACAUCAUUUACUUAAA